GUUCAGCGUGUUGCAGUUCAGUCAGUUAUAAAACCCCCUCAUCUCCUAAGGGACCUUCUUUCUAUACUUCUUUGCUGUAGAGGAUUAGAAGUAACACAGAUGUUAUUUUAGAAGUGUAAUUAAAAAGGAAAUAAAAACAGAACGUUGCAUUUUGGGGUAGGAGAGACCCACAGGAAGUUUCAAACCAGUUAGAAGACAUCAAUUUUUCUGUACCUGAUCUGCUGCUGUAUCUUUGGAGGAUGCUGUCAGAAGGUUACCUUCACAGAAUCACCUGCCUUUGGGAACACCUGAGCCCUGCACUCUACGAGAGUUUGCCUGAUGAAGGGGUGUAUGAAAUGAGCUCCAUUAGUUAUUCCUCCACAGGCGAAGCACAAGGAAAAAGCCUCCUUCAGAGAUGCAGAUCUGCUGGAAAGUGCAUUUCCUCAGUCUGCUCCAGAGGCAGCAAGCACAGCAGAAGGCAGAAGGACAAUCGCCCACAACCCGUCCAGCACCCAACACCCACAGGGCAGCCACCUCCAGCUACGCAGGUCUGUGAGGAGCUGACCAAAAAAGUCACCUACCUGGUUCCACCUUCCUGCAAGAGCAUUUGCAAGAACUACAACGAUUUGCAUAUAGCUGGGGACUACGUGGUGCCAAUUAGCUCGGUCACCACAGAUUUUGCUUGUGACAGCGGCAUAGGCCCCUUCUUGGAGUCCUCGGAGAUCCCUCCGGCCAUGGAGUCUGUGAAGGCUCCCCCCACGAGUGACACCAUCCGCAGGCCUGGCCAGGGCCACUCCUCGUGCUGGAGGCUGGCCAGCCUGGGGCCACACCUGCAGCCCCUCUCCGACUCUGCCCUCAACGACUACCUGGAGCAGAAGCUGGUGGAGCUGUACAAGCAGUACAUCAUGGACAGCACAGCCAACAGGGCAUCCCCCACCCAGAUCCUGGCCUCGGAGCUAAUCAUGACCAACGUGGAUCAAAUCAGCAUGCAGAUAUCACGGGAGAGGAACAUGGAGACUGGCAAGGCCAAAGACAUCGUCAUCAGCCGCUUCUUACAAAUAGCCAGUGGGAAGGUUUCCUCAGAAAUGAGCACACCUACUCUGCACAUCUCCCAGUAUAGUCACAUUAAUGCUUAGUGUUUGAAUGUUAGAAAGUGUUUGUUCUUCAAAGGCAGUUUUUGGUUUAAGAUACUUUCUGCUUAAUAAAAAUGCACUUAUCAUCCAGCA